AUGGUCAGGAAGGAGAUGCAGAUGCUCUACGGGAAGGAAGCAAAUCUCCGAUCUACAGGUCAAUGCGAGGCCAUUUACGAGAUGCUUCUGCGCCACAACGACAUGCAGGUCGUCCUGGGAACAGGCGCUGGCAAGACCACACCGGUAAUAAUUGCUGGCCUUCUGGACCAGGCUACCACCGUCUUGGCUGUUCCGCUGAAGGUCUUAAUGGAGGAUGCGGUGUGUAAGCUGCAACGGGCAGGCAUUGAGCACCAUGUCUGGAGGGAAGGACAAAUCCCCUCCUCUGCCCGAGUCGUCAUAGUCAGCUACGAUCACAUCGGAUCAGCGUCCUGGAAGGAGGCCAUCACCAGCCAUCACUUUGGCUCCCCCUAUCCGGUCACUUGCUUCAUGUUGGACGAAGCUCACUCCAGGUUCAUGCAGAUCAGUUUCCGACUGUCCAUGGAGAAUGUGUGGAAAGCAAGGAUGUUCAAUGCUCAGCUCAUAACACUUACAGCUACCCUACCCCCGGCAGCAGAGGAUAGGCUCACCAAACUCCUAUCCACGGCCCAGCUAGGGGUUGAGCCUCAAUUCCGCCCAUCUCAGACUGGUGGACUACCACCUACAAAUGUAGCAUAG